CCCCUCCGUCGCUCCCUGCUCGCACCCCCGCGCCGCACUCAGCUCUGUCAGCGCCCGGCGCACCUUGCGUCGCUGUUAGGCCUCCCGGCCGGCUUCCGCGAUCGCCAUGACGGCGGCCGUGUUCUUUGGCUGCGCCUUCAUUGCCUUCGGGCCUGCGCUGGCCCUCUACAUCUUCACCAUCGCCACCGAGCCGUUGCGCGUCAUCUUCCUCAUCAUCGGAGCUUUUUUCUGGUUGGUGUCUCUGCUGUUUUCCUCCCUUUUUUGGUUCAUGGCAAGAGCCAUCACUGACAACAAAGAUGGACCAAUACAGAAAUAUCUGCUGAUCUUGGGAGUGUUGGUCUCAGUCCUUAUCCAAGAAAUGUUUCGGUUUGUGUAUUAUAAACUCUUAAAAAAAGCCAGCGAGGGUUUGAAGACUAUAAACCCAGACGAGACAGCACCUUCUAUGCGAUUGCUGGCCUAUGUUUCUGGCUUAGGCUUUGGAAUCAUGAGUGGAGUAUUUGCCUUUGUAAAUACCCUUUCUGACUCCUUGGGACCAGGCACAGUGGGCAUCCAUGGAGACUCUCCCCAGUUCUUCCUAAAUUCAGCUUUCAUGACGCUGGUUAUCAUAUUGCUGCAUGUGUUCUGGGGUAUCAUAUUUUUUGAUGGCUGUGAGAAGAAAAAGUGGUCUGCCCUUCUUGUAGUUCUGCUGACACACCUGCUGGUGUCUGCCCUGACUUUCAUAAGUCCUCAUUACGGAAUAAAUCUGGUAUCCACAUAUUUAAUUAUGGUACUCAUGGGCAUCUGGGCAUUCUUUGUUGCUGGAGGCAGCUGCCGAAGCCUGAAGCUCUGCCUACUCUGCCAAGACAAGGACUUCCUCCUUUUCAACCAGCGCUCCAGAUAACCCCUGAGAACCGGCACCUGUCAAACAGUAAGCUGCAUCUUUAGAGGAAGCACAACUGUGCCUUUUUCUAAAAAUUCCUUUUCCUGGUGGAAUUUAGAAAAAACAAAACCAUCUAGAUAAAAUAUGAUGUUCAUGCCACAGCUCUCUGAAAGGGAUACAUUAGUGAGUGUGCAUGUCCCGGCAACACAUUAGAUUGUCACCUGGGGAGGCGUAGUGAAUACUGGUACCUGGGCUCCACCUUCCAUAUUUAAUUGGUCUGGACAUUCGGUAAUUUUUAAGAUUUUAUUUAUUUGAGGAGAGGGAGGAGCAGAGGGAGAGGGACAGGCAGACUCUGUGCUGA